AUGAAGGCGUUGAGCCCCCGUGCGUCUCACGACCCUCUUCCGGUGUCUGCCGCGGACGGGGAACAGCGACCGCCUACCGCGAUUCCUCGCUCUUUCUCUCCUCGUUCUUCCUCGUUUGCAGCUUCGUCUGGUGCUCCGCGUGCGCAGCCCUCUCCGGCCCCGUGUGCGUCUGCGUCGUCGUGGCCGCCUGCGUCGACGCCCUCGUCUGAUUCUUUUAUUUCUUCUUUCGCGCACCCGACGUCUUCCUCUUUGCACUCCUUGCGCUCUGCUCUCUCCUUCUCUUCCGCGGCGAGCGUCCCCGAAACCGCAAUCGCUGUUUCUCGCAGCGUACCCGUUUCGCGUUGCGAUGAGUCUUCCGUGGGUCGGGAGAAACCGGCCUCCGUCUUUUGCGGCUCUGCCUUGGCUUCUGUGCCUGGAGCUCCUCGCGAUCUCCCCCAACGCCAGUUGCCUGCCACGCCUUCGCCGUCAAAUCUUUCUUCGUCUCUUCCUGCUUCGUCUCCGCCUGCUUCGUCCCUUCCUGCUUCGUCUCUUCCUGCUUCGUCUCUUCCUUCGUCUAGACUGCCUUCGUCUUCGUUCGCUUCUUCGUCUCUCAGCGCCGCGAAGGAUUCCGCGCCGCUCAAGUCGACCUUCGCUCCCAGUCGUUCGAGGCCUGCUCCUAAUACCUCUCCCCCUUCUGUCGCGUGCGCGUCUCUCUGUUCUUCUUCGUUUUCGUCGUCUCUUCAGUCCACCCAAGAAAGGCCGCCCGCGAAUUCUUCCUGUCAUCUCUGGCCCUCAACGCCCGCUGGCGUCCCGCCUUCUUCAGCGCCUUCGUCUUCUCUCUCCUCGACGCCUGGCUCUGUGGGCGGACAUGCGUUUCUGAGCCGCCACGCCCUCAGCGAGAGCGAUCACGCGAAGAAAGUGAACGGAGGGGAGGCCGAGAAGGGAGAUACACGCGACGGACGAGACCAGCGAGGAAAUGGGAGGCUGUUUAUGUGCACCCGGGGACAGGCCGCCGACGUCGAGACGAGUCGAGAGAGAUGGGAAGAUACGGAAGGAGAGCGCCAAAGCGAAACUCUGGAGAAGUCCUCCCCUCUAGCUUCGCUAUAUGCGAACGCGAAGAGGAAGCGGGAGAAGGAAGAGAAUGAGGAAGAGACGAGCCCGCGAACGGAAGAAAACAGACAAGAAUCCGACACAGGGGAAACAAUGGAAACCUGCGAAGCUGAGAAGCUGCUGCCUCCACACAGCAAGAUUUUUGGACGACUCUCGGCCGAACAGCGGCGGGUUGUUCUUGCCCCUGCACAUGCCAAUCUGUGUGUCAUUGCGGGCCCCGGAUCCGGGAAAACGACCGCGAUCACAGCUCGGAUCAUUCGUCUCCUUCUCGAAGGCGAGGGCCCCAUCUUGGCGCUCACUUUCACGAAGCGCGGCGCCGAGGAGUUGCGAGAGCGCGUGCUGGACGGCCUGUCGUCGACUCUGGCGGAGAUGCGAGCUUUGCGGGAAGCGCGAGACCCGUCCAGCUCAGACGCUCCGUCUCUCUCGAAGCGGACUGCAGAGAAGCGGGCGAACCACGCCCAGCAGCAGAGCGGAGCGUCCAUCUUCCACACGCCAAUUCAAAGGACAAACGAAGGUUCAGCAUUUCCACACGGUUUCCCUUCCUGCCGCGCGGCUUCGCCGUUCCCACCGGCUUGGCAUUUGGCGAAACGCGACUCCUGGGCGCCUGUGGCGCGGUACGCUUCGUCGACUGCGCCGCCAGUCGCCUCGCCGUUUCCAGCGUCCGCUUCUUUCUCGGGAGUUUCGCCUCCCGCCGCCUCGGCUCUGCCUCUGUUUCACGACUUGGCCGAGCGCGUAUUUGUUGGAACUUUCCACAAAUUCGGCAGUCUCGUGCUCCGCCGCUACGGGCGAGCCGUGGGCGUUCCGUCGUCCUUCCUGGUUGCCACCGGGAGUCGCCAGAGUCACUUUGCGCGCGAGGUGCUCGAGGCCUUCAAGGCCCGCGAAGAAGCGCGAGAAGAGGCGACGUUGCAGAGCACGGCGGCGCCGGGCCGUGCCGAGGAGACGCGGAGACAGGGAGCGGGGCUGUCGAAUCUCGAGGCUGCGUUUCACCAGGUGCGCCGAUCCCACUUAGUCAGGAUGCAACGCGAGCUCGUAGAGAGACAGCGAGACAGAGCGCAUCGACGCGGCGGCGCCUCGAACCCGCACGGGCGAGGAGACGAAACUUCCGAGACAGGAGAGCCCGAUUUGGCGCUGCUGGACGAAGCGGCUCUGGACGCGGAAGCAGACGAUUUCCUCGACUUUCUGACUGACGAAGAAGACGAAGACGGCGUUUCAGGGGGACACGACGCGCGUCCAGUGGGGGACGGUAGCAGGGCGACCGGCAAAUCGGAUCUCUGGGCUCCGCGCGCUUCGCAUGGAGGCGGCCGUGGAAGGCCGAAGAGAGCCAAGGUGACGUGGAAAGAAGUGGAUGUGUUUCUCCGCUUGGUGCGAAAAUGCAAAUUCUCGGAAGCCUUCCUCGAGACUGUGAAGGCAGAAAACGCGCAGCUGUACGGGCUGACCCGGCACUACGCUUCGCUGCUUCGCCAACAAAAUCCCCCGCUCCUGGACUGCACUGACCUCGUUCUCCUCACUCUGACGCUCCUCGAGAGACACCCGAACAUCCGGAGAGAACUUGCGGCAGCGUACCCCAUCGUCUUCGUCGACGAAUUCCAGGAUACGAGCCUCCCGCAAUUCAAAGUUAUCAAGGCCCUCGCUGCCGGACGCCGAGAAGAAGAAGAGAGAGAACGAGAGUCGAGGGUCGGAUGGCACGGCGACAGCACACACCAGGCCGUGACGAGAGAAAGGAGACAAGGAGACGCGCCACUCGACUACGCUGGAACUCCAGAGAGGCCGCAGACGCACGCACGAAAGCGAGGCAGUGUUACAGUUGUCGGAGAUGAUGAUCAAUCCAUCUACGGAUUCCGAGGCAUCGACGCCAAGGUACGCGGCUCGCCCAAGAAAUACGGAUGA